CAAUUUAAUUAAAGUUUAAUCGCGGUGGAGUGCGUUCCGCUUUACCUGUCAACCCCCUUUUCGGGGCGGGGAUCUACCCAAAUUUUUAGUUUCACAAAAUCCAGCACACAAAUAAGUUGAAAAUAGGACACCCAGACACACACACACUUUUACACGCCUGAAACGUAAACACACCAAGACGAAACACAUAGACAGACAACCCGGACGGACGGCGGCAUGGUACAGCAGAGCCUCGAUGCGACGGACAGCGCUCUGCCAUCGUCCUUCAGUCCUAGUGAGGAUGGGGAGACCGAUCUGUGCGCCUUUUGCCUGGACCCCAUCCAGGAUCCGGAGAAGCUGCACUGCAACCACGCCUUCUGCAAGGGCUGCCUCGGGAUCUACAGGGAGGCCCGCAACUGGGUGGCCAAGCGCUGCCCCAUCUGCCGACGCAGCCUGGAUGAGCAGGCGUCCAGGCAGCUCAACGAUGACUGGCGCCUGUUCGGUUUCAUGAUGGCACUGCUGAUGUUGCUCAGUCUGGGGCCGUUUUACCUGCUGCUGCUCUACUGGUGAACUUCUGUGCCAAGGCAGCAGCACCUGACUUACCGAAAUAUGUAUAUUUGUACUUAGAUAGACGCACGAGAGAUAUAUGCAAACUUGUCAGUGGAUUUUAAUUAAACCCGAAAGCCAUAAAAUGCGA